CUCCACAUCCUCUUGCGAUUAAUGAAAGCGUCAGUCGGUAUGAAGCUCGAGCUCCUGCUGGUGUUUGUUGCUUUGCUCUGCGUGGAUGGAAUGCCUUUGUCCAGCACGGGGACGAGGAAACGCAAUAAGCUGCUACUAUUAUCAUUCGAUGGUUUCAGAUGGAACUACGAUGAAGACGUUCACACACCGAAUAUGGACCAGCUGGUGCAAGAAGGAGUCAAGGCAAAAUACAUCACACCACCGAUGAUCACCAUGACCUCUCCAUCACACUUCACCACAAUAACCGGGAGAUGGAUCGAAGAUCACGGCGUCGUCCAUAACUUGAUGUUUAAUUCCACAACUCUGUUAAAAUUAACCCAUAAGAACACACUGAAACGAUCGGAGUGGUGGGACAACGGGGCUUUGCCGUUAUGGAUAACGGCUCAGAAUCAGGGCCUGAAGACGGGGUCUUACUUCUAUCCUGGAGGUGGAGUGAAUUACAGCGGGCAGGCCGUGAACAGGUUCCUGGUGCAGAGAGAAGGUCACCCUAGUGACAACAAGACAGAGUGGUGGCAGAAGAUCGAUACGGUUAUGGGAUGGUUCACCGAAGAGAAUUUUGACUUUGUUACACUGUACUACGCAGAACCAGACAACGUGGGCCACAAGGUAGGACCAGAAACCAAAGAGAGACAGAAGAUCAUCGAGCAGAUCGACCACCUCAUAGGCUAUCUAAGAGAGUCGAUCUGGAAGAACAGCUUAGCUGAUGUCCUCAAUGUCAUCAUCAUGUCGGAUCAUGGCAUGACCACCAUUAAGAAAAAACCAGAGGUGAAGGAAAUAAAGCUGUCAGAGUACAUCAGUUUUCUAAAACUGAGCCACUUUGAUAUUCUGGAUUACGGAGGGUUUGGGAUGAUAAGGCCCAAGAAUGGAAAGGUGCAGGAGGUUUAUGAUCAGCUGAAGAACGCGCAUCCAAACCUAACCGUGUACAAGAAGGAGGAGAUUCCUGAAAACUUCCACAUCGCCAAAAACAGUCGAAUUCAAGAUCUUGUUCUUGUUGGAGACUUAGGAUUCAACUUGAACUCGAGGGUAAUUUUUUACGUGAACAAAGGAGACCAUGGCUUCAAUAACGAAGAAAUGGACAUGAAGGCAAUAUUCCGAGCGUUCGGACCGGACUUCAGGAAAAAUUUCACAGCCGAGCCGUUUGACAGCGUGAGCAUUUACCCGCUGAUGUGCAAGCUGCUGGGAGUCGAUCCAGCUCCAAACAACGGCAGCCUCAAUGACACACAGGCCAUGCUCGUAGACUACACAGAUCCUGGUGGACACGCCGGGAGAAUUCAGACAUCUCUGUGGCUUUUACUCGUCAUGAUGUUCAUCUUGCACAUUCUUUGAGAUCAUUCGCAGAGAUCAAUUAAAUGCAGUAAAAACUAAUCUAUAAUAAAACUAAAUGUAAAAAGUUAAACUAAUACAAAUUUAUUUGAGCGUUGUAUUUAUAUGACAUUGUUUUUAAAUCACAAAGAAUUGUUACUGAUGCACUGAUUAAUAGAGGUACUUAAAAAAAGGAAAAAAGCUAUGGAAAUACAAAAUAAAUUAUUUAAAGGAA